GGGGUUUUCAUCUUAAAAUUGAUAGGAGAGGUGUGGAUUUGGAGUCUUUCUGUUUUGGAGUUGCGUCUAUCCUAACUGCCAAUUUGAAGCCACUCCCCUUCAGAAAAUGUGCCAAACCUCUCUGCUCAGCUGUGUGCUACUUCAGGUCAUUUGGGUCCGGUUACAACUGCAGUGGGAGAACCUGACAAACAGGUCGUGGAUCCGCCUUUAAAGAUCGAAACCGCAGGCAUCUCUAUAUAAAGGCGCACCCGUCUUCCCACAAAUUAGAAACAACGAGAAGGGCGCAAACACUCAUCAAGGGGAAAACUCAAGAACCGUGCCCAACUAACUACCGGCACAGCUCGCCUGAUUUACAAGACAGCCAAUCCCCGUCGCAGCAUUACAGACAAGCAGCCGCUUCUUUAAGCCGAUCAGCCCAGAAUUAAAGCAGGACACUCGCGGAGGAGAGUAAACAAGACAAGAGACUCGGAUCUUCGCUUUCACAUCUGCUCCUGAAGGAAGAAAAACAAAACUCUCGUCAAGAUGAUGAUGCAGCUGGCAGAAACCCCCAACCAGAAAAACUCCCUCUUCAAUGCCAUGAACCGCUUUAUCGGCGCCGUGAACAACAUGGACCAGACCAUCAUGCUGCCCAGCAUGCUGCGGGACGUCCCGCUGGAUGAGGACAGGGAGUUGAGCUCCCUGAAGUCGGACAUGGACGAGGGGGACAUGUACAGCUAUUACCAGCUGCUCAAGUCCAUCCGCAGGGACAUCGAGUGGGGGGUCCGCUGCGCCGCAGCCGAUGAGAGGCGCAAGGAGAGCAUGAAGAUCACCCGCAUGAACUCAUCCGCAUCCACUUCCUCCUCCGCAUCAUCAUCAUCCUCAUCAUCAUCAUCAUCUUCCGAUGACGACGAAGAAGAGGACGAGGAUUUGGAGAAGCAGUUCCAGUACCAUCUGACCGGGCUGCAAGGGGUGCUGUCCAAGCUGACACAGCAGGCCAACUGUCUCACCAAGCGCUACAAACAGGAGAUUGGCAUCGGAGGAUGGGGCCAGUAGGUCGCAGCCCACGGAAACUGAAAUGCCAGAUUAUUCUUUUUUUUUUCCUGGACUGGCUAAAACUGACUUGUCAAUAGGCCUCAUUGCUGCUGCUGUGACUACUGAUGAAAUUUCUGAACAAAUAUUUGAAUGGUAGAGAAAAGGCAGCUUAUUUCUGUCUAUAGGCCUACAUGGUGUUGGUCUACUCUGUGGUAUUGACUGUAGAUGUGUUGAUCUUGAAGAAAGCAUUUGUGUACUUAACACCAAACCCAUAUAUUUUGCACUCCAGAGUGUUGUACACAUCAUGCAUUCAGUUCCUGUGAUGCGCAGAUGAAACAUAUUUAAACAAUUAUUUAAUGUAUAAUUUAUUACCUCACACUAUAACAUGCUAUAUGCUAUGUUUGAGAGCCAAAUGUUAUUUCAAAGUUGGAGAGGAAGUGGACUGUAUGAACGUUGUUUGAAUACUGACAUCUUGGAUACUGGCAAACGAUUCAGCGUCCUCUCUGUGAUGCUGAUGAUGUUAGUGUGUUCAGAUGUAUUUGUAUGUGUAUGACCAGUACUCCUUCAAUAUCCGAUGUGUCUGUGUCUUUAAGUUGUGCUUUGCAUGGAAGGAGGCAUAUGCUUACUGCAGCUGCCUGUGAUCUCCUAAUGUCCUACAUGGUCAAUGAACUGGAAUCAACUGAUAAUUCUUCUGCACAGAGAAUAAUGAUGGUUUCCAUGAGAUGCAUUGUUGCUAUUGUCAUUUAUUUGCUAUAAUUGAGGUAUUACUGGAGAUGUCCAUCUGUCAAAAUAAGCAAAUGCUUUUCUAUGCACCAUUUUUGUAUUGAUAAUAUUUGUUUCUAAAAAUAAAGCUUUUAUAUAAAUGUA